GCUCGUGAAACCUUUAAAUCCUUUGCUUCGUUCAUCUCCAAGGGACUCAAGCCUCAUCAUGGUGUCAAUGGGACGACAGAUGCUGGGCUUUGCCCUGGCAAUCAUUGGCUUCGUGGGGACCAUCGUCACUUGUGCCUUGCCUAUGUGGAGGGUCAGCGCCUUCAUUGGAGCCAACAUUGUGACGGCGCAGAUUAUCUGGGAAGGUUUAUGGAUGAGCUGUGUCAUGCAGAGCACUGGCCAGAUGCAGUGCAAAAUCUAUGAUUCUCUGCUGGCUCUUUCUCCAGAUCUCCAGGCUGCCAGAGCUCUUGUGGUCAUUGCUAUCUUGGUUUCUUUUAUGGGGGUUAUCGUCGGCAUUAUUGGAGGAAAGUGCACCAACUUUGUGGAGGAACCAAGAGCCAAAGCCAAAGUGGCCAUUGCUGCUGGAGCUAUCUUCAUCUGUGCUGGUGUGCUUGUUCUCAUCCCUGUAUGCUGGUCUGCCAACUCCAUCAUCCAAGAUUUCUACAACCCUACCCUGAUAAGUGCCCAGAGGAGAGAGAUUGGGGCUGCACUCUACAUUGGCUGGGGCACAGCUGCACUUCUAAUCCUGGGUGGUGCCCUCCUCUGCAGCUCCUGCCCACCCAGAGAGAGCCCAGAGUAUCCAGUGAAGUAUGGCGGUCCCAGGUCCACAGCCACCAGCCGAGCCUAUGUCUGAAAUUCUACUGAGAAGGACUAUAAAUUAUUUUAAUUUUCUUCAGUAACACUCCUUCAUUCUGAUUGUCUAAUUAUACCACAAUUUGUAUGUCACUUUCUGUGUUAAGGUAACAAACUAUUCUGACUUUCUGUGAAAUUCAGAAUUCUUUGGUAGACACAUGAGGGUUGUGUUUCUUAGACAUCAAAAGUCCAAAGAUGUGUGAAUCACAGAGCUUCCAGCACGCCCCAAAUCUGGACUGAAUGAAACUAUUUUAUACUGAGCUUGUAUCAAACCUAACUAUCCUCUGAAGUCUUGUGGGAAAUCAAACCUGUGCUUGAACGAUGCUAUGCAAGUAAAUGUGUAUUGUACUACAGUUAUAUUAUGAAUUUGUUGUAAACAAUAUUUAGAAAUAUCUCUAUUCAGCUGCAAUAUGAAAGUACUGCUUUUGUUUACUGAGCUGAUUUGUAA